AAGACAAUCGUCCAAUAUUGCAACAAACAAUUUUUGAUAGCCAGCAAGCACAACAAUUAACUAGAGAUGACAGUGAUAGAAAACAAAUAAAUAAUAAUGAUACCGAAAUGUUUACUAGUGAAGUUUUGCCACUUGGGCUAAAAGAGUUUUCUGAAUUAGAUAAUCUAUCACUGAUACAACUAUCAGUAUCAUUGAAGCUACAAGACUUCAAUUUAAUUCUCUUGCAAGUAAUAAAGGAUACAAUUAUAAAG